CAAUCAGGCCUCUGGAAAACGUUUGAGGCGCCGUCGAGCGAACUGCGACAAAAAAAAAAAACUGCCCGGCAUCCGUAGUUUGAUGACGUUACAGACAACAUGGCGGCGUGCUCCGAAUGAAUGAGCUAAAGGCAAAAACACAACAAACGUGUUUGCGUAAACAUUAACAAAGUGUGAAUAUAAAGUGUCAGCAGCGUUGUCUUAAACCACGGAACAUCCACCAAGAAGCAGUUAAAACAAUAAUGUUCAGCAGAGGUUGCUGCUGUUUUAGUAAACGAUGUCAGAGCCGAGGACACAUGUUGAUGUUGCUGCUCCUGAGUUCACUGAGCUGUGGGGGGGGGUUUCCAAACUUUCCAACAACAAUAUACAAGACAAGAAAACAGGACAGCAGCUGUCUGGCACAUCAACAUCAACAUCAACGAUGUGUAAAGAUUUUCAGAGCCCUAAGCGCAGAGGCUACAGCAGAUACCCCGGCUUGAAUAACGGGGAUUCUCCAAGUGAUGUGGAACCAACACAAGACAUUUUCUGGGAUCCCACAUCGCCCACUUCAGCUAGUACUGGGUCGGGGCUCAGGAACACCAGAGUUGUGGAAAUAUCAGAUAUUGUCAACCGUAUUGCUCCAAAGGAUGUGAAACGGAAAGGGACUGAAUCUCCUCUGCUGCAGUGGAUAGGUGACAGUGCCGUCCCAUGCACACCCGACAUUCCAAAGCCAAGAGCCAGGAAGAAGUCGUCUCGGCAGAGCAGCGUGGACGACCUCAUGAAACUGGCCAGGCAGUUUGACGAGAACAUGCAGCAAGACAGGGAGACUUCAGAACAGCUUAACACUGUCAACAAUAACCUCAAUGAAUGUGUGAACACUCCCAAAACAAAACUGACAAGCAACGUGAAGGACCUAAAGUGUCCAUCCUCAUCGGAUCAGGUGGAGGCAGAGCUGCACGCUCUGUUUGACUGCUCCACUCAGAGAGUCAGCGGCCGGCUAAGCCAGGGCUCCUCCACAUCGGUCCGUUCACAGGAAAUAAAACACCAACCUUUGACUUCAACUUCAGCUGAACCCCGACAACCAGAGCUCAAGUCACCUGACAAGUCUGGUCCAGCUGCACAUCCUGUUGGAGAAAAAGGACCUUGUGUUCUUAGUGUGAACAACUGUGAUGACUUUGAUGACGACUGGGAGAAUGAUGACCUAAUUAAUGACUCUUUUGUGCUGGCGAUGACCCAGAAUCCUGACCAGCAACAUGACACCAACCCUAAAACCACCUUGCAGUCUGACACUAGGACAAACACUACUCGGUUCACCUCCGUUUGCAGGCCUACUGCAAAUACAAACUCUGCACAUCAGCCUUCGAACUUGCACUCAAAGCCAAGCUGCAGUGUACUACAGGAACUGUGUCCCAAGCCAAAGACUACCAACCGAAGCACUUUCAAGUUAGAGCCCAACCCUCACUUCCAGCCCAAGACGCCUGCCAAGGAGGUUUCCGAGUCCAGCUUCACUGUUAUACAACUUAAGUCAAACACGUCUGACCAGAAAUCUGCUACCACAAAGACACUGUCUAUUCCUAUUCCUGGCAAUAUCACUAAAUAUCAGAAGGGGACACAUGAAGCUGCAGACUCUGUUAAAGACAUUUCAGACAGCUUAUGGGAUGAUGGGGACGAUGACGCGCUGCUCUACCAGGUAUGUGACAGCGUGGAGAGGAUCUCCAACAGUCAGCCGCAGCAAGCGAGCCCUAGCAACUGCCAAGAAAAACAAGAUACUGCUGUAGACAGACAGCGAAAAAACCCUGCGCCUCUGCCAAUCGACAUGUCCUGGGCCAUGAAUGCCGGUGCCAGUGCUAAUAGACAGUCGCCAUGUGCUUUUGUUCGUUUUAACUCAUUACCAGGGACUAGCAGGGAAACUGUGAACUACCAAGGAUGGAACAUUCCCAUGAAAGGUGCCAACGACAAAUCACGGAUGUCUCAGAGCCUCCCAGGAAGCAGUGUGAGUCUGGGCACAUUUAACCAGUGCAGGGAUUCCUCUGGAACUUUCCAGGCUGACAAUACUGCUGUGGAUCUGAAGCCACAUACAGUGACAGCCAGGGCACCGCAGAACUCCAAGUCCCAUCACUCAGCCUUCAAGAGAAAUGUAUCUGACUCAGCAGCUGUAAGCAACAAAGUUUUUGUUACAAGCCAAGUGACAUGGAAGUGCUCUGCAGCCGAGAUCGAGAGAAAGAAGCAGGAGGCCUUGGCCAGGAGGCGACUGCGAAUGCAGAACAACCCAAAACCAUAGAGGAGGAUAUUAUUUUACUGUAAUGAGCCUUUAUAAAACUCAUCAUUCCACUCCAGUGGUUCAGCCACCUCCUCAACAAGAUGUUACCGAUGAUGAUAUCCAAGAUGAUAUCAUGUUAGCGUUAAUAGUUCAGUAUUAAAGAUUUAUUACAGAACGGACCUAGUGUCUAUUGAAAGAAGUGAAUGUCUGUUGGAAGAGCUGCUGGAUGUUUUUGCUGCAAAUGUAGAAACAUGUUUAUAAAAAGCAAGUUUUAUGCACAGAUUGAUGCAAGUCUCAGAUCUGGUGCUGGAAUAACAUUAAAAAGAGAUUUUCAUUAGCUUUUUCACAUUUUGACAAAUUGUUUUACAUCCACAUUUUUGUUUAUCCUUUGAUUUUUGCACAGGUCAGAAUUAAGUGUAAUACUGUAAAGACAGUGUUAUGGCCCUUCUCUGUAGGCACAAUUUAUUGAAUUGCCACGCUAUGCACCUGAGGAAGAUAGACUGCAGUUUUUUUUACAAGUUUUGAUCAGCUGUGUUACUGUAUAGGGGUAGACCUGGGAUAGACAGGUGAGACAACAAUCAGAUAACCCUUUUGUUUCUACCUUAGUGCCUUAAUUAGUUAACGAAUUUAACUCCAGCCCCUGUUACUUCACAACAUGAUGGACUUGGCUGUACACAUUCUGCUAAUUUAUCAUUUGUUUAUGCCUUGUAUGAACACUUUAUACUAUUACAAGUUUCUAUGCUUUGCUCUUACAGUACCUUCCAAACCCAAAAUAAAGGAAAACACAUUUGAGACUGUGAAUAAACUGCUCCAAUCA